AUGCUAGGGUUCUUCCAGGGACUCUUCAAAAAACCCCGCAUCGAAACGUACGGACUAGACCAUGCUGUCCUUAACAUCCAGCUGCCUCCGCAGUCCAUGUGGAUGAACAUGGGGUAUUGGGAAUCUACAUCCGAUUUCCCACAAGCUUGCCGAGCGCUGCUUGAUCAAGUCUUAACAGCUGGUCCCUUGAAAUACCAGUCGCAGUUCCAGUCACAAUCCCAAUCCAAAUCUAUGCGGGUGUUGGAUGUUGGCUGCGGAUGUGGCGACCAGUCUCUUUACCUGACUAGCCUUCAGAGGGAUGGUUCUGUGGUUGAGCAAUUGGAAUCAGGAUCCGGGUCCGGAUCAGCUUUCCAAGCUACCCUAGCAUCACCCCAGCAAUCCAGAUCACAACAUAGACAGGAUUGCCCAUUGAUUGAUACCUACAUAGGUAUCACGCUAGAGCCUACACAGGCAGCACUAGCCCAGUCACGACUCCAAGCACAGCAGACCACCCUAAGCGUAUCAGCAAAAAUAUUCUGCGCCGAUGCCGCCAAUCCGGCUAGUUGGUCUGGGGACCUUCAGAACUCAGUAAAGGGGCUAGUGAUGACACAAAACAACACAGAAACCUGGCUACUUGCUCUAGACACGAUUUAUCAUUUCCGGCCGUCGCGGAAACCUAUUCUUCAGUUCGCGCAUGAUAGCCUCUGUGCGUCGUAUAUGGCGUUUGAUCUUGUUCUUGCGGACAAUGUUUCGUGGUUCCAGCGGUUUCUCUUGCGUGUUGUUUGUUGGUUUCUUGGGGCACCGUUUGGGAAUAUGCUUACGAAGGAGGAAUAUAGGCGAAUGCUUGUUGAGGUAGGGUACGAGGCGGAGAGGGUUGAAAUGAGGGAUAUCUCUCGGCAUGUUUUUGGGGGAUUGUCGGAGUUUUUGGGGAGGAGGGUGAAGGAGGCGGAGCCAUUUGGGUUGAAGACUGGGAAAUAUCGGGGGGCUAGGAAGGUCUUUGAGUGGUGGGCUAAGAGUGGGAUUGUGAAGGGGUAUGCGGUUGUUGCCAGACGAUCGUGA